CGAAAUCAAAUGUUGCGGCAAAGUGUAUAACGAUUCGAGAGCUUUUCUUGAAUAGAACACCCCAAAACCAACAGACUUUUUGAACAAGUUGUAUGUAGUUCGUCUGUGUGUCCGUGUGUGUGUGUGCGCGCGUCCAGUAACUGUGAAAAGAUUUUUUGUGUGCAUAAUAAAAAAUAUAAAAAAAUUUACAAAAAAAAAUAUAUAUAUACACAUAUAUAUAUACACACACAUCAAAAGGCGGCUACGCGUAAUUGAAAUCAAAUUAAAGCAAAACGUGCAAAAUAAGAAACGAUAAGAAAAGAGAGUAACGAGAAGCGUUAACUAUAAAAAAGAAAUUAUGUUGUAUUGUUGAGAGGUCAAAUAAAACAAACAAACAAACAGAAGCUGGCGGCGGGACGAAAUCGGACGAAUGAACUCAUAAAAGGGCCAGGCCAAGCACGAAUGAGCGCGUCGACCACAAGAAGACAACCGUUAAUUUGAGCAGCAACGACGACGACGUCGACGACUUCGGUAGCAGCAACGGCUUUAAAGCGACGACGAUAAUCUUGCACCAGUUCUCUUAAAGAGGCGUGUUAAGAGGCUGACUGAAAACUUUCUUCAUUUCAUCGCAGUCUGGCAGCAGACGCAGGCGCAGACAUUGUGUCGUGAUCUUUGCAACUGCCGCAUAGCUGGUGUUGAAGUUGAGCCGCAGCAGCAGCAACAAAAUCAACAGCAACAACAACAACACACUACUCUACUACUAUUUCAAUUGUUAACGAGCGAAAGCGUAGUCACGCACACGCAGAGCUGAGCUGAGCUGAGCUUGGAUAUUUAGUUUUGGCAGGAAAGUGCAGUCGACAGUGAAAAUGUACCAGCAACGACAACAAAAACAACAACAACUACAACAUCAUCAUCAGCAACAACGACAACGGCAACGGCAACUACAACACCAGCUGUUUGGCGCAGUACUGGCCUUUGUGCUAACGGCGUCAGCCGCUAAUGGCGCCGUAACAGAUUCGCCCAUUAAGAUCAUCAGGCUGCCCGCUCAGGCGCCAGUUAUACGUUAUCGCAGUGCCGAUGCCGAGGCCGAUUCGUUGCUCAUCAAUUAUAGGCAGAAUGCGCAACCGGAGCUCAGCUCCACGUUAAUGGCAGCACCCGGAGCGGCAGCUGCCGCACUGGAGACGCUGCUGCGGGAGGAGACGGAGCAGAUGCAACAGGCCCAGCUUGGGCGUCGACAUCGUGCCAGUGCUGGUGCCAAUAACUGCCCGCGUUCCUGUCCGCCCAGCUUGACGGUGGGAGCGGAGCCGGUAUGUGGCACCGAUGGGUUCAUUUACGCCAAUCUAUGUGAGCUACGCAAGAAGACCUGUGCUCGCAGUGGCGUCUCCAUGGUGAAAGAUCAACGCGAGGGUUGCGAACGGUCCAAAGGCUCCGACUGCAAGCAUCGCUGCCCCACCGAGAAGGAUCCGGUGUGCGGCACCGAUGGACGCACCUACCUGAAUCGCUGCAUGCUGCGUGUACAGAGCUGUCGCGUUGGCUUGACCGCAGUCAAACUAUCGCAUGUGGGGCCGUGCAGCAAUACGAGCGCCAUUCGAGAGUCCUGUCCGGUGGACUGCAACAGUGCACCCAAGGAUGGGCCCAUUUGUGCCUCCGACGGCAAUGUAUACAACUCCACGUGCGAGAUGAAGCUUCACACCUGCGGCCAAGGCGUCGUCAAGACCAGUCGCAAGCAUUGCCAGUCGACGCGCAUGUGUCGUGAGUCCUGCUGGCGUGUGGCACGGCCGACUUGUGGCUCUGACGGUCGUCUCUAUGCCAGUCCCUGCAAGAUGCGCUCCUCUAAUUGCGGCAAGCAUGUCUUCGAGGUGCCACUGUCCUUCUGCAUGCCCCAGGAACGUCAUGGCAGCAGUCAAUCAGAGACUUGUCCCACCGAGUGCCCCAAAAGCGAGUCCGAUUCACCGUCACAGUAUGUGUGCGGCAGCGAUGGCAACAUCUACUCCUCCCUCUGUGAGCUUAAGAUGCUCAAUUGCGGACCUCAACGCAAGUCCAUACAGAAAAUGAGCAUGGACAAGUGCAAAAACCGGUUGAGUCGCUGCAAGCAGCUGCCGCCCUGCAAGGACUUCAACAAUCUCUUUGGCUCAAUAUUCAGCUCGAAGAGCAAUGACAAGCUCUGCGGCACCGAUGCCAAGACCUACAACAACGAGUGUGAGCUGGCGCAUGCCACUUGUCUGCGUGGUGUUAACUUGGCGCACAUUGGGCCCUGCACGGAUCUCAAUUCUCCUACCAAGGAUUGCGGCGAUGCGUGCACCCGUGCAGAUCUCGCCCAGCAGCCCAUCUGCGGCAGUGAUGGUAACACAUUCUCCUCCAUGUGCGAGUUCAAGCGCAGGACGUGUAAUCUGCGUGUAGUUCCCGUAUCGCUAAAGAAUUGCGCACUGACCGCCGACUGUGACUCAGAUUGUGAUGCCCAGCCCCCGAAUUUUGUGUGCGGCUCGGACAACAAGUUCUACAAAUCUGAGUGUCACAUGAGGAAAGAGAAUUGUGGCAAGCAUGUGUUCGUAGUGCCGCUGAAACGCUGCUUAGCCGCGUUCCAGUUUAAGGGUUGCGCACGCAUCUGCCCACGGGAAUUCGAACCCGUCUGUGGUAGCGAUAAUAAAACCUAUUUGAACGAUUGCUUCCUGGACAUUGAGAACUGUCGCACCAACAGCACGGUGGGCGUGUAUCACUAUGGCGCGUGCGGCAGACCCGAGGCGCCGUCAACGAACUUCCUGUACUGAGGGGGAAAUCGUUGGGCGUUUAUUUUAUAAUGGCAUUUAAUAUUUUUAGGCUAUAGUCUAUAUAUUUUUGUAAACGAUAUUUAUUGUGUUGGAAUUAAAAAGCCGAACGAACGUACACAAUUGCACUCCACAUUGGCCGGCUUUGGGAUUGGAUCCUAACUAUGUACGUGUAGAUCUACUCUAAGCGGAGUCAUCAAACAACUUGCUUAGCAUAGCGUUUAUCUCAUGCGGCCGGAACUUCACAUAUUUAUCCGGAUUUUUACUAAACUGCACUGUUGCAUACCUGAAACGAAAUAGGAGAAUUGCAUUUAAUGAACUGAUUCAAAUGUUCCACGAGUACAACAAAAAGCGCUUCAAAAUCUCAAAGUAAUCGAUUCAACUUAUUCCAUUUUUUUGGAAGAAAUGUUAUACAGGACGGUUCUGCCCAUGAACUCAGCAACAAAAGCAACGUUUCCGAUGUGGCUCUCAAUUGGGAACUUUUACUGCAUAAGUCAAAUAUUUGUCUCAUAUAAUUUUACUAACGUUUUAAAAACGGAUUUAAACAAA